AUGAAUCUAUCGAAGGUUGGCCUACUUGAUUUACCUAAUGAAAUAUUGGUUAUGAUUUUUAAAAAACUCGACAAUAUAGAUGUUCUUUAUUCAUUGUUGGAUGUUGAUAAUCAACGACUUGAUAUUAUAGCACAAGAAAAUACUUUCACUAAUACUCUCAAAUUUCUAAUAAUAACGUUAACUGACGACAUUUUGUCGCUUACCGAUUCAAUAGUUGAUCGAUUUUGCACAAAUAUAUUACCAAGAAUUCAUCAAAAUGUCAAAUCUCUUAUACUUGAUUCACUAUCUAUGGAACGUAUUCUUCUUGUUGGCGAUUAUCCUAAUUUAACUGAAAUUAAACUCUUUAAUUUUAACGAUAAAAUUGUUUCACGUUAUUUUACAGUUGAAACACCAUUUCGAUGUAUUUUUCAACGACAAAUUACAGAUCUUAUUCUUGUAUUUGAAAAUGAUUUUAAUGAAAUAUUAGAAAAAAAUUAUACAACAGAUCAUUUAUCUAUUAUGGGAUCAUUUCCCCGUUUUUUUCCACCUUUGGUACUUCGUAAUUUACCUUCAACUACCUUCUUCUCUUCAACUCUUAACAAAUUAUAUAUUAAUUUGAUGACUUAUGAUGAUUGUCUUGCUUUACUUGAUGGUCGUCUCAAACAAUUAA